AUGAAAUUCACUCUCGGACUCAUAUUCAUCACAGCAUUGGCCACUUCAGUAUUAGCUGACAACUAUGCUAACUUCUUCACCGAUGAAAAUUGUAAUGAAGAUGGAUCAAUCGGAUUCGACAUGACCAAUCCGGGAUGUUUUUCACAACUCAAUAUGAAAUCAGUUUACAUCCCAAACAACGGUCCAUUCGCAUGGACCAGUAACUUCUGUUUGGUGAUGACCUAUGGUGACCAGACUUGCGGUUGUCAAAAUGAUUCUUAUGAAUUCAAAUCUUCGGGAUUUUGCCAUGUCCUUGAUGGGAAAGCACAAUCUUAUAGAUUUAUCAGCGGUAAAUGCGACGUCAACAACUGUUGA